CAAAAGUGAAGGUUUAAAAUAUCUUCUAAAAUUAUUAUUUUUGAAUUAAAAUAUCUACGUUUUGCCCACAUAGUAAACGUUAAAUGGUUAUUAAGAAAUCUAUUCUCUUUUGAUAAAUUUUUUGGUUGUAAGACUGCCUAAAUAUAAGUAUUCUAAUAAUUGUAACCUCAAAAGUCAUAAGUGUUAACCUUUGUCCCUAAUAUUAUUUAAUAAAGGUAAAAAUGUCCGAUAUUGGUCCCUUUCAAUAUUUUAUUUGUGGUGGUUUUGGUGGAAUAUGUACUGUGCUUACAGGACAUCCUCUGGACACUGUAAAGGUCCGUAUGCAAACAAUGCCGUUACCUAAACCUGGAGAAGUCCCUUUAUAUACAGGCACCUGGAAUUGUAUUGUAAAGACUGUUCGCAAUGAAGGUGUCCUUGGAUUAUAUAAAGGAAUGGGUGCUCCCUUAAUGGGUGUAGCACCAAUAUUUGCUAUUUCUUUCUUUGGUUAUGGAGUAGGAACUCAGAUAUUUGGCCCUAAAGAGGAAGGGAAACGUAUGACAACACUUCAGUAUUUUAGUGCAGGUGCAUUGUCAGGAAUAUUAACCACUGUUAUUAUGGCUCCUGGGGAACGUAUUAAGUGCCUUCUUCAAAUCCAACAAGAUGUAACCAAACCUCAGUUAUACAGUGGACCACUAGAUUGUGCCAAAAAGUUGUAUAAAGAAGGAGGUAUUCGCAGUAUUUACAGGGGGUCACUUGCUACAAUGUGUAGAGACUGUCCUGCUAGUGGUCUUUAUUUCCUAACUUAUGAAUCAAUAAAAAAUUUUGCAACAAACAAUGGAGAGAAGCAAAUCGGUUUUGGUUAUACCUUAUUAGCAGGGGGGUGUGCAGGUAUAGCAAACUGGUUAGUUGGGAUGCCUCCAGAUGUUCUUAAGAGUCGUCUUCAAACGGCGCCAGAAGGAACUUAUCCAAACGGCAUGAGGGAUGUUUUUCGGGAUCUAAUGCAAAAAGAGGGGCCAUUAGCUUUAUAUAAAGGCAUAACUCCUGUUUUGCUAAGGGCGUUCCCGGCUAACGCCGCUUGCUUUUUAGGUUUUGAGCUGUGUAAAAGAUUUUUGGAAUAUUUAUCUCCACCAAAAAAGGAGUUACAAAUUUAAAUAUCAGUAAAGCAAGUUUAUAAACUGCUAUUAGUUUCGUAACAUAUCAAGGCUGUUGGAAUCAAAUUUUAAUAAAUUUAUAGUUUUUAGCAGUUUAAAAACUAAGAGGUAAUCUCAUCGAAUUGAAAAAAGAGAAUGUAUUUUUUGACGCACAAAAUAAGUCUUUCAUUUGUUAUAAAUUAUUAAAAUAUUGAUGUUAAUCCUUUGAAUAUAUGUUUUUUAAAUGAAAA